AUGGAUCAUUGUGGUACCAAUGGACCACAAGCAUUGUUUUCUCUAGCUGAAGAGGCAGUAGAAGAUUGUCAAAAAUUGAGUCGGGUUGAAGCGAACUUAGCUUCGACGUGCUGCAUAUUGACUCGCCCUACUCUGGAUCCAAGUUAUAAGGAAUGCCUCGAUGAUUUGCUAUCGAAAACUGACAAAAAACAUUUUACCAGCACUGAACAAACUGCUCUAAAUAUAUGUGCUGAGGAGUGUAACUUUAUAGGCAAUGGCUAUACUAACGCUGAUCCACCCUUUGCAUUAGAUUUCGACAAUAUUAACGAUAAUUUGGAUAAAUUUGCACCGCAACCAAAGGAAAACUCUAUUAAAUUCAUUAAUACUGCGUUCAAAAGUUGUUUUGAAUUCCGCAAAGGACAUGCAAAUCGAUUAGAUAUCAGGUUCCCUGACGUCGAUGUUGUUACCGAGAACUGCCGCCCAUUUGCGUUACAAAUAACUACAUGUGUUCGAAUUUAUGGAAUGCAGGAAUGUCCUGAAGAAUUCUUUGUGAAUAUCGAACAUUAUUUUCAAAGGCGAUUUAUUGCUUUAGCAAUGCGACGAAGCAUUAAAAAGCGGUCCAGCGUCCACAGCAUCCACAGCGUCCAGAGCGUCAAAAGCGUCAACAGAAGGCUUAAUAGCAAGUGUCUGCGCUUUGACCAUAAUUUCUUUUGCCGGUUUCGGUUUUAUGUGGGCAACGAGGAAAAUGUUUUCAUUGAGAAAGUGGCUGAAAGCUACAAACUUGCUGAACUGCAUUGAAAUACAUAUUGACAAGUUUAUACUCAUAAAUAUACACAUAUUUUUAUGGUAUUACAAAGUGUUGAAAGCUACAGUCUUUGCAUUUGAGAAAUGAGAAAAUAUAAUUCUAAAACAUAAAAUAAAAGGAAAAAGAAUCUCAACAAUAUGUUGCUAGAAUAUUGAUACUGAGGAAAGUAGUAAAAAAUGAAUUCAAAGAAACAAAGUAAAAAUGAGUUCAAAUGCAUAAAACAUACAUAAUUGCUUUGCUUUAAAACUGAUAAAAUUUAUAUCUGUUCCCGAAAAAUUAAUAGAAAUGUAAUAUAAGAGAGAGCAUAUCACGUCAUCACUUAUAAAUCUUACAAUAAAUACAUACAUAUUUAAUGAUUCAAAAACACUAUUUCACAUUUACGAUAUUA